GGGCACGACCAUAUAAAUAUCAUGAGCGCCGAGUAGGGCGACAAACUUCAGUCGCCUCCUUCUUUUCUUGGCGCUCACAUCUGGAAUACGUCACACUAGCCUCUGCUUGGAAUACACACGCUAUGCAACCACUGAAUUUCUCUGCAGUCUUGGUUCUGUUCCUGUGUUGUCUUUUUCAGCUGUCAUCUGCUUGGACCAUGAAUAAUUUCUUGAUGACUGGACCUAAGGCCUAUCUGACCUAUGCCAGCAGCGUGCGAGUGGGCGCACAGAGUGGGAUACAAGAGUGUAAACGCCAAUUCGCUUUGGAGAAGUGGAACUGUCCAGAGAACACGCUUUCUUUGUCCCCACACAACGGCAUGCGGAGUGCCACAAGGGAAACUUCUUUCGUCCAUGCCAUCAGCGCUGCCGGAGUGAUGUACACGCUCACCAAGAACUGUACGGCUGGGGACUUUGACAACUGCGGCUGCGAUGACUCCAAAAUUGGACAGCCGGGCGGUGUAGGGUGGAUUUGGGGAGGAUGCAGUGACAAUGUUGCUUUUGGGGAGAAGAUCUCCAAACAGUUUGUGGACGCGCUGGAAGAUGGGCAUGACUCGCGCGCAGCGGUCAACUUGCAUAACAACAAGGCAGGCAGACUGGCAAUCAAAGCAACCAUGAGGAAGGCCUGCAAAUGUCACGGAGUAUCUGGAAGCUGCACCAUCCAAACCUGCUGGAUGCAGAUGGCCGAUUUCAGAGAAGUGGGCAACUACUUGAAGAUGAAGUACAAACAUGCAAAGGAACUGGAAAUGGACAAGAAAGCGGCGAGAGCAGGGAACAGCGCGGACAACCGAGACGCAGUCACGCACACUUUUUUGAGCGUCGCUACAAGGGAACUCGUUUACCUGGAGAGUUCUCCAAAUUACUGCGUCAAGAACCAGACCCUCGGACUCCACGGUACAGAGGGACGGGAGUGCUUUAAGGAGGACAAGAACAUGUCCGAGUGGGAGAAAAAUAGCUGCCGCAGAUUGUGCAAUGAAUGCGGCCUAAAAGUGGUGAAGAAGCGCACAGAGGUUUUCACCAGCUGCAACUGCAAAUUUCACUGGUGUUGCACAGUUAAGUGUGAAAAAUGCAAGCGAGUUGUAGCCAAAUACUUUUGCGCGCACAAAAGUGGGAGGAAAAAGAACCAAAAAGGCAGGAACAGUGCGCAUCAACAAUGA